GUGGCACUGUGAUCACGUCGUCCUCGCCGAUGGCUCUCAUUUGCGACAGGCCUAAUUGCUGAUGCAGCUCCGGAUGUUCCUCUUUGAAGAUCUUUGAAGAUAAUUGAUCUUCACUUCAAGUUAUAAAACAAAUUAUAACUUGUAAACCAAGAAAAAUUCAGAGUUAAUGAAAAUCAGUGUAUAAAUACGUUGACAGUUAUAUCGCCGUAGUGCGUUAAAAGUCGUAUCGAAACGCCAGCGUUUAAAUAAACAUGUGCAACUCGGAGACGUCGCAUUUCAGUCGGAGAUUUCGACUCGUAAAAGUCGUAUACUAUAUAUACAAUCUGAUCAGUGCAAAGUGACCAAUUAAAUUUUGUUUUACUUGGAUCAACUUGGGCUUCUAUUUGAAAAUGACAGUCGAAAAGCUGAUGAUAAAAGCCCCGCAAGAUCGUCCGGAUGCAUAUCCGAAAAUCUCGCUUGUGAUUUUGUUUCCGCAACUGACCGAGUGCAACAGAUUAUCAACAUGAGUCCGAUAAUACCGAAUGUUUUGUUGUCGGACCUGUCCGAACUACCGUCGCUAAAGAUCGGCGACUUCACGCUCCAGUUCGAGUUGGGUCCUCCCUGUGCAGAAAUCCAGGAAGUGGCCAGAAAGGAACUCAGGGAAAGUUCCGAGUUGCAGAAGGAAUCGAUGGAACGUCUGAAAGAAUUACUGGCAGGCGAAACUGAUCUCAAGUCUCCGCUGCACAACGAGGCCUGGCUGAUCAGGUUCCUGAGGCCGUGUAAAUACUAUCCGGAAGAGUCGUGCAAACUCAUCAAGCAGUAUUAUGGUUUCAAGAUAAAGCACGCGAGUAUAUACGAAAAUCUGAAACCGAGCAACGAGCGAAACGUCUUCGAGCAGAACAUUCUGACCGUGCUGCCGAAUCGCGAUCAGCACGGCCGACGCGUGUUGAUACUCGAGCUCGGCAAGAAGUGGAAGCACAACAAGUGCAGCCUCGACGAGAUCUAUAAGGGCUGCGUUUUAUAUCUGGAGGCUGCCAUGCUGGAGCCUACCUCGCAGAUCGCCGGUGCGGUCGUCAUCUUCGACAUGGACGGUCUCACUUUGCAGCAAACGUGGCAGUUCACACCGCCGUUCGCCAAAAGGAUAGUUGAUCUGCUUCAGGACGCGAUGCCGCUGAGAAUCAAAAAUAUACACGUCAUCAAUCAGCCGUAUGUGUUUAACAUGGUGUUCGCUUUGUUCAAGCCUUUCCUGCGGGAGAAGCUAAAGAGCAGGAUAAUUUUCCACGGCACUGAUCGAAAAUCGCUCCACAAAUAUUUAUCCCCGAAACAUUUGCCAGCGCGUUACGGCGGUACGGCAGAAAUUAUAUCAGUGUCUGGACCCGAAUGGUACGAAUUGUUAGUCCAGUGUGACAAAGAAUACGAAGCUAUCAAUUCCUACGGUUAUAAGAAGAAAUAAUUCCUCUCUGUCAUUAACUGCUUUUUUUUAUUGUAGUUCAAAAUUCGGACCUUAGGUAUACUGGGAAGUAGGGAGCAAUCUCGUCCUGAUAACGAUCAAAACUUGUACUUUACAAACUAUGAUAUAUUUUUUUAUCUAAUUAUUAUCGAUUCAGUUUUGGUUUGCUCAUCAAGAGCAAAUUAUUCAGACCUCGCUCACUUCUGUGUAGCUCAUAUUUUAUUAUUAGACAGAAGUGUUCUCUCGAAGUUUGUUUUACGUAGUUAUCGGAUUUACGCGCGGAAUCUGACAGAAAGAUAUAACACUUGCAAAAUUUUGUUUUUGUUUUUGUUCACAUCUCAUAGACGGUUUCUUAUCUUUUUUCGUUUCUUUACAUUUUGUUCUUUUGUUAUAGUUUUUGUUAUAAUUUAAAUGAUUGCAUUUGAGAACUUUUGCCCUUUCACGCAAGAUACAACUAUUACAUUCCAUAUAGACUUGAUCAAUUCGAGAAUGGAAAAACAAUAGAUAGUUUUAUAUCAAAAUAGUUUUUUGCUCACGCAACACAUAUGGGAUAUAUCAAAACGUAGUUCUCGUUAGAGCAGUUUUGUUUUUAUAUAUGAAUAUAUAUAUGAUUAAUUGUAUUUAAUAAAAAUAUUCUUAGUAUAAAAAGAAAUUGCGCAUUAACGAGAAAUAUUUGACGAACAUAAUGUAAUAUUAAAUAAAUUAUAGAUAUGUAAAUAAAUGAACACAUUUGCUAUUUGUGUAUUAUUUAGCAACAUUGUGUAAUAUAAAGUAGUUGCGAUCGCAUUUUUACAAGUUUAAAAUAUUAUAUGUGGUAGAUAUUUUAAAUAUCUAUUUAAAUAUAUUUUAAAUUGUUACAUGUAGUAGAUAUUUUAUUUGUAAACGUAGGCAAUCACAUUUCACACAAAACAAUAUUCAAUACAAAAUCUCCAUUAGACGUCACAUAAAAUUAUAAACGUUUAAUAAUGUCAACAAAUGACGAGAAAGCCAAUGUACUUAGAAUGGUCAGUGUAUUUAAAUCACUUUAUUUAUAAAUAAAAUUCUAAUAUGUGUUA